AUGUCCGCGUUCGAUCUCCGGCAAGAGCACGCUGCGCUCAAGCAGAGGUUCCAGGACGCUCAAUCCAACGUCGCCGACUGGCAAACAGCCCUGGACAAUAUGAAAGCAGAGCGCACAGCUCUCUUGUCGCAACAGAUCCGCCUCGCCAUGCCGCAGAAGCUGGUAUAGUAUCCAUUCCCCUCCACUCACAUCUUCCGUGCUGACUUUGUUUCGUUUGCAAGAACUCUCGUCUUCCCCGCGAGGGCGCUCUGCUCACAGAGUCCGCCUCGAACCGCUUCAUCAACCUUGUCGAGCUCGCUCUGUCCUCCGCCGCCAAAGGCUAUCACGGCAUGGCAUUCCUCAAUGCGUACAAGGCGGUAGUGGCGUAUGCAGUGCCUGAUCGAAGGGAGGUGUUCUUGGAAAAUUUGCGUCGUUUCCCGCCGAAGGAUGGGUUCGAAGAGAUUCUGGCAAAAGCGGAGAUGGAGGAGAUUGGAGAGACCGUGGACAAGGAGGAAGAGGGGGACGAGGAGCUUUGA